GAGCGCUCUAUGAUGCUGCUAACUCACUGCUAUACGUGCUAGUAUACCCUGAUGGGGUAUCGGCACUGAGCCGAAGUCCACAGCAGAAACAACUUGUAGGAGUGCUAUAGUGGGCGUAGAUGGUCGGUUGCUUGGGGAUGAAAUUGGGUGGACUCUUUGCGCGACAUUUCGUGGAGAAUGCAUCCGAGGGAAGAGGAGGCCAGGCCGUUGACGGAGGACAAUCAAAUGGGCUGUACCAUCCAAGGUACCUUUACCACAGCAGAUUGGUGUAGUCGAUGGAGCAGAAGAACAGCCACAGUAUCUCCACCGGCCUCUGUCACCAUCCACGGUUCUACAACUACCUGGGCGGACCAGCCUCUUGCCACUGCACGGGUCUCAUCAUAUGCGUCUUACCAGCGAGACCGGGCAUCAGUGAGAGUUCAACCGGCCGGCACAAGCCGUCUGGCACAAUCUGGUCGGCUAAUUGCAUCCUCUGGCUGUUCAGGCUGUAUCCGGAUUCCAAGAGAGCCAUCGAAUCAUCAAUGAGGUACCUUAAUGUAAAUCACUUGGACUUUUGCGGCGAUCGCCCACUGCAAAGCCACAGCAGCAGGGUACAGCCCAAAGUGUUUCGACCGGACGCCGACCAUCGUCGACUCUCGCGUGGCACAGUUAAAUCUCGCGUCUCACAGUGAUUCUAUUUCCCGCCCUUCUAGGUAGGCCCAAGAAUCCGAAUCUGUAUUUUGAGAAAUCGUUACUCUAGACCUUUUCAUGCAGAGCCCGAGCAUGCAAUAGCACGCUUCAAAGAUAGAGCUGUUUUCUACAUACACGGCUGUUGCAGACCUUCACGGACACCCGACCAACGCCUUGCCCAAUUGUGAAGUCCAGUGCCCAAACCCAAACCAGCCAGUGAACCCAAAUUUCAAGUUCACCGAUGAAGCUUCUUCGAAGCCAUGUCAUCGGUUUAGAUAGCAGGUCCAUCGACAAUUUCCCAGCCAAAUCCCCUCCUAGUUCUUCGUAUGUACCCUGUACAUAGAAUUUAUAAAAUCAUCACUCAAGACUCGAUGCC